GGAGGGCCGCGCUCGGUGCCGCUGGGGUGAGUCUGGGUCGCGAGGUGCUGGCGGCCCCGCAGAGCGCCCGGAGCUGCCGGAACGCGAGCGUCCCGCGGAAGGAGGCGCGAUGGGCGGGCAGGUGAGCGCGGGCGGCCUCGCCCGGAGCCUGCGCCGCGGCGGCGAGAACGCGGACUGGAUGUCGGCGCUGAGCCCGCGCCUCUGGGACCUGCCGCUGCACCACCUGUCCAUCCCAGGUGAGGCGGGGGAGGUGGCGGCGUCACCUGCGCGUCCCCCGGGGGCCGGUCGUGGGACCUGCCGCUGCACCACCUAUCCAUCCCAGGUGAGGCGGAGGGAGGUGGCGGGUCACCUGCGCGUCCCCCGGGGGGCCGGUCGUGGGUGUGGGGAGACCCCGGGGGAACACGGGCGGACAUACAUGCAUGCACACGUGCACAUGCACACGGGCACACUCACGCACACGGAACACGCGGCCCAGAGGCGUGGGGCAGCGCCCCCCAACACCCACGGGGCGGUGCGGACACAGUCCUGCCCCGCGGGUCCGGGCGGCGUGUCCGGGCGCAGUCCCGGGCUGCUGGGGCCGGGGUCCCCCGACUGCGGCCCCUCCUGGCACCCACGGGCGGGAGGGUGCCAGCUGUGCUCGGACGUCCUGCACCUGUCGGCCGAGGGGCGUCCCCUCCGGGAGGGUGCCGGGCUGUGCUCGGACGUCCUGCACCUGUCGGCCGAGGGGCGUCUCCUCCGGGGGGUGAACGAGCUGCUGCCCCCACCCCAGCCCCGACGGGGCCUGCGGCAUCCGUGUGGCGUGUGGCGUCGCGGGCUGCAGUGGGCAGGUGGCCGCCGCCUGCUCCCGGUCCCAGACCCGGCCACCGGCCGCCUUUGUCCGCAGACGCUGGAUGUCACCGAGCAGCUGGACGCCGGGGUGCGGUACAUGGACCUGCGCAUCGCGCACGUGCUGGGGGGUGCCGAGAGGAACCUGCACUUCGUGCACACCGUGUACACCACUGCGCUGGUGGAGGACACGCUCACGGAAAUCUCGGAGUGGCUGGAGAAGCACCCCCGGGAGGUGGUCAUCCUGGCCUGCAGGAACUUCGAGGGGAUGACGCAGGACCUGCACGAGUACCUGGUCACCUGCAUCAAGAACAUCUUUGGGGACAUGCUGUGCCCCCGAGGGGAGGUGCCCACGCUGCGGCAGCUCUGGUCUCGGGAGCAGCAGGUGCUGGUCUCCUAUGAGGACGAGAGCUGCGUGGGCCGGCACUGCGAGCUGUGGCCCGGCAUCCCCUACUGGUGGGGGAACAAGGUCAAGACGGAGGCGCUCAUCCGCUACCUGGAGUCCAUGAAGAGCAAAGGCCGCCCAGGCGCCUGUUCGUUGGCGGGGGGGGGGGGGGGGGGCGGCAUCAACCUGACGGAGAGCCUGGCCUACAUCCUGGCGCACCCGUCGCAGUCGCUGCGCGGGCUCACGCUGCCCGGCCUGCCGCGCCUGUGCGCCUGGGUGCGCGAGCAGCGCCCGGGGCCCGGCCCGCGCUGCACCUGCGUCAUCGCCGGGGACUUCGUGGGCGCCGGCACCUUCGUGGGCGACGUCGUGGGGCUCAACCGCAAGCUGCUGCCGCCGCCCUGAGCUGCCCCGCCGCGUCCCGCGCCCGCGGUCCCCGUGGGUCCCCGUCGUCGGUCCCCGUCGGUCGGGCGAGCUCCGCCGCGGUGCGGGCCGGGCGCAGGCGACCUCGGGGCCUUUGACGGCGACCCUGUGUCCCCCAGUCGUGGCCCUGGGGCCGUCCCUCCCCGGGGCCAUCGGGUGCCUAGAGCGAGUGACCCCCACGCCUGCCACCCCCU